GUGGCAGUCUUUGAGUGAUGUUGAAGCUAAGCAAUCGACUGAAACUGACCAGGGUUCGGGCUCUGCCCGGCGCACCACGCCACGCCUCUUCAGCGCACAGCAGCGAGGGCGAGCGCACGGCUCUCUACGACUUUCAUGUGCAAAAGGGUGGAAAAAUCGUCAACUUCGGUGGCUAUGCACUGCCCGUGCAAUACUCCGAUCAGAGCAUCAUCGCCUCGCAUCUGCACACGCGGAGUGUGGGCUCCAUUUUCGAUGUCUCGCACAUGCUGCAGACCUACGUGCGGGGCAAAGAUGCGGCUGCCUGCCUGGAGUCUGUGUGCACGGCGGACAUCACAGGUACUCCCGCGGGUAGUGGAACCCUCACGGUGUUCACCAAUGACCAAGGCGGCAUUCUGGACGAUCUCAUUGUGAACAAGGUCAGCGAGAAGGAGCUGUAUGUUGUGUCCAAUGCGGCCAUGAAGCAGCAGGAUCAGGAAAUAAUCAGUGCAGCUGUGUCUUCCUUCAAGUCGCAGGGCAAAGACGUUGCCGUGGAGUUCCUUGCACCCUCCGAUCAGUCUCUGAUUGCCGUGCAAGGGCCCCGAGUGGCGGCGGAACUAGCCGAGCUGCUGGCUCCAGCCACUGCCUUGGACCAACUCUACUUUAUGGGUUCCAUGGUCGGAACUGUGGCAGGUGUACCCAGUGUGAGGAUUACGAGAUGCGGCUACACGGGGGAGGAUGGAGUGGAGAUGUCGGUGGACUCUUCCCACGUGCGGACCCUCACCGAAGCUCUCUUGGCGAAUGGAACCCUGAAGCUGGCUGGCCUGGGAGCCAGAGACUCGUUACGCCUGGAGGCGGGACUUUGUCUCUACGGCAGCGACAUCGAUGCCCAGACCACACCUGUGGAGGCAGCUCUGGCCUGGCUGGUGGCCAAAAGGCGGCGAACGACACGCGACUUUCCCGGAGCUGAGGUGGUGCUCGGCCAGCUCAAAGGAGGCGUGCAGCGACGCCGCGUGGGUCUACAAAUGUUGGGCGCAAAGCCACCGCCCGCACGCUCCGGAGUGACAAUCUUCAGUGGGGGUCAGCAGGUGGGCCAGGUGACAAGUGGCUGCCCAAGUCCCAGCACGGGUCGCAACAUAGCCAUGGGCUAUGUGCAGGAUGCCCUGAAGGCGCCAGGCACCAAAGUGGAGCUCAAAGUGCGCGACAAGUUCUACGAGGCAGAGAUUACAAAAACUCCGUUUGUCAAAGCUAAUUACUUCAAUAAACCAAAGAUAUAAAAG